CCCUCCUCUCCGGUGCUCUCGUCGGCGAGCUCGCUCGGCGACACCCACGCUCUGCGCGUGGCUCGGAGAGGUGAGGGAGAUUUUUUUUUUCGGAGGGGGAAGCAGGAUCGAGCAUCACUGGCCGCUUCGUCUUCUGCGGGGAUCCGGGCUGAUGCGCACAGCCCCGAUCUUGCGAUCCGGUCCGCCGACGGCCUAGUUUGCCCCCCUUCUUGCCGUUCUCGCCGGGGUGGUCGCCCCCCAAGUCCGGCCAGGGUUAGAUAUGGCACGGAGUUCAACAGAGAGCAGGACUAGGACAACUGCAUUUGUAGUUGUGGUAUUUGGCCUUUGCUCCUUCUUCUAUCUCUUGGGUGUAUGGCAGAGAAGUGGUUUCGGAAGAGGAGACAGCAUAGCAGCUGUAGUGAAUGAGCAGACAAAGUGCGUGGUUCUUCCAAACUUGAAUUUUGAAACCCAUCAUAGUGCUUCGGACCUUCCUAAUGACACAGGGAGUAAUGAAGUAAAAAGUUUCAAGCCAUGUGAUGCACAGUAUACAGAUUACACUCCUUGUGAGGAGCAAAAACGUGCAAUGACCUUCCCUAGGGAUAAUAUGAUAUAUAGGGAGAGGCAUUGCCCACCUGAAAAGGAGAAGCUCAACUGUCUAGUUCCAGCACCAAAGGGUUAUGCUGCUCCUUUUCAAUGGCCAAAGAGCCGCGAUUAUGUUCAUUAUGCAAAUAUACCUCACAAGAGCCUCACGGUUGAAAAGGCUAUCCAGAACUGGGUUCACUAUGAGGGCAAGGUGUUUAGGUUUCCUGGUGGUGGAACACAGUUUCCUCAGGGUGCAGACAAGUAUAUAGACCAUCUUUCUUCUGUUAUCCCAAUUGCCAAUGGAAAAGUGAGAACUGCACUCGACACUGGUUGUGGGGUUGCCAGUCUAGGUGCUUACCUGUUGAAGAAAAAUGUUUUGACCAUGUCAUUUGCACCAAGGGAUAAUCAUGAAGCACAAGUACAGUUUGCACUGGAGAGAGGUGUUCCUGCAUAUAUAGGUGUUCUUGGAUCAAUAAAAUCACCAUUCCCAUCGCGUGCAUUUGACAUGGCCCACUGUUCAAGAUGUUUAAUUCCAUGGAGUGGAAAUGAUGGAAUGUACAUGAUGGAAGUAGAUAGGGUACUAAGGCCUGGAGGAUAUUGGGUGCUCUCAGGCCCACCAAUUGGCUGGAAGAUUCACUAUAAGGGAUGGCAACGGACGAAAGAUGAUCUUCAAAAUGAGCAAAGAAAAAUAGAACAAUUUGCAAAACUUCUUUGUUGGAAUAAGAUUUCUGAGAAGGAUGGUAUUGCUAUCUGGAGAAAGAGAUUAAAUGACAAAUCCUGCCUCAUGAAACAAGAAAAUCCAAAUUUUGGCAAGUGUCAGUUGGCAAAUGACAAUGAUGUAUGGUAUAAGAAAAUGGAGGUUUGUGUUACUCCUCUUCCUGAGGUAAAAACAAUGACAGAGGUUGCUGGUGGUCAACUAGAGCCAUUUCCCCAGAGGCUCAAUACAGUACCUCCCCGGAUAGCCCAUGGCUUUGCACCUGGGUUCUCAGUUCAGUCAUAUCAAGACGAUAAUAAACUUUGGCAGAAACAUGUUAAUGCUUACAAAAAGAUGAAUGACUUGCUUGAUACUGGAAGAUACCGCAACAUAAUGGACAUGAAUGCUGGUCUUGGUAGUUUUGCUGCUGCAUUGGAGUCCACAAAACUGUGGGUCAUGAAUGUUGUUCCAACCAUUGCAGAUACUUCUACACUAGGUGUAAUCUAUGAGCGAGGAUUAAUAGGAAUGUAUCAUGACUGGUGUGAAGGAUUUUCUACUUACCCAAGGACAUACGACCUCAUACAUGCUAACUCUGUCUUCAGCUUAUAUGAGAACAGGUGUAAAUUUGAAGAUAUACUAUUAGAAAUGGACCGAAUCUUACGACCAGAGGGCGCAGUUAUAGUACGUGACAAGGUUGAUGUUCUUGUAAAGGUGGAGAAAAUAGCUAACGCCAUGAGGUGGAAGACAAGAUUGGCUGACCAUGAGGGUGGCCCUCAUGUGCCUGAGAAGAUACUCGUUGCAGUUAAGCAAUACUGGGUUGUUGAAAGCAAGAGCAGCUAACUAUAUAUGCUAGGGUGAUUUUCUCUACUGAGCUUGCAAACAAGACUGAAGACAUGAGUUCUUGAAAGGGCAUGCAUACUAUACCUCCUGUGUAAACUUAUAACCACGUAGCCAGGAAUGAAGACUUGGCAGGUCAAGUUUUGCUAAGAGUUUUUUGGUCUUUGCAAGUUUCAUUUGAGAAAAAUGCACUGAGGGUACAUGGUUGUUCAAAGUGGCUACCUCAGUUUUGACAAUCUCGGUCACAGCUGUUUUGAUGUAGGCGUUUCAGAUAACAAGAACUCCAAAUUGCAGGUGCAUGUAUGCAAAGCUUGCCAUGGCCGUUUUUUUUUUUUUCUUUUAACCAGUUUUAUUUUAUUAGCUUCUGUCGUGUAUCAGUAUAUCAGUAAUUACCAAAAAAAUCAGAAUGGUUUUAUUCUCAAACCAUUCUAACUAGUAUUAGCCAAACGGGUGGUUAGAUUUAUUCACAUUUUCUGCAGUUGUGAUUUUUUUUUUCUCGUGUUAUCAUCUUUUGGAGUGCCGUAUAUCGAAGUUUGCCCACUAGUAUAGGUAUAAAUAUAUAUCAUCUUCCUAGAUGAACAAGAACAUAUCAUGUCGGGAGGAAAAAAAAAAG